AUGGCAAAUGUGAGCUACUGGAACAACUCAUUUGUGAAAACAGAUACUACUGUAAGUAGAAACAAAACGUAUUCCCUGACAGACAACGGAAACGGAACAACCUCAUGUGACAUUUCGGAGCCACUUGGAACCGAUUUUCGUGUUGCUCUUUACUGUCUUGUUAUCAUUGUAUCAACCAUAGGCAACACUUUGGUUAUAUUUGUGGUCAUUAGAAACAGGAGAAUGCACUCUGUUGCGAACUAUCUGAUAUGCAACAUGAGCAUCGCAGACCUGCUGAUCACCAUUCUGCCCAUGACAUGGGAGGUAGUAAAGCUGCGACAUUACCCCGAUGGUACCUGGCCCAUGGGCGCCUUCAUGUGUUCAUUCACAUACAUUUGUAUUUACAUAUCCGUUGCUUGCUCUAUCUUGACUUUGACCUCAAUCUCACUCGAUCGAUUUUUUGCAGUUCUUUAUCCGUUGAAGCAAUACAUAACAAUGGAUAAGCUACCCUUUCUGCUUAUCGCAAUAUGGAUUGUCUCCUUCGCAUUCGCCAGCCCUAUGAUAUUCGCGCAAGGACUUAUAACAGAAAACAACAAAACCUAUUGUAUAGAGUACUGGAAGCCUCCAUUUCACAUGACUGAAAGUCCGAAACAUUAUACAAUCAUACUUUUCACAGGAUUGUACGCUGUACCGCUGCUAGUAAUGUCAGUACUUUAUACAUUGAUCGUCGUCAAGCUAUGGCGCAGAAACAUACCUGGAAACAGGAGCUCAAGAGCCAAGCUGCAAGCUUUGAAACAGAAGAAAAACGUCAUUAAGAUGCUUGUUUGCGUUCUCGGUGUUUUUGCUAUCUGUUGGUUCCCAGUGUUUUUUGCGCAGUUUUCGUUCUUUUUUAAUCCAACCUACAUAGCCUGUCCCAAUUCAUUUCCGCACUGGUUACAGUUCUUUGCAUUUUUCAUGCAGUAUUUGGGCAGUGCAGUUAAUCCCUUUGUAUAUUUUGCAUUUAGCAAGGCCUUUCGAGUUGGAUUUUGGUCUGCAUUCAAAUCAUCGUCUUUUCGCAGGCGAGAAAGCAAUUACCCAACAAUCUCUAGGUCUCAUGGGAGAAGCACAAGGCGUGGAACUAUCUCACCAAACACGCCUAGGCCAUCUGUAGCGAAUCGUCCAAGAGCGAUAAGUGUUCAGCUGAACUCGCUGAAAGAAAAGCAAGUGGAGUGA